AUGUCGAGCUCAACAUCGACCACUUCCGAUCCAACAGAGCAACUGGAACGAAUAGGGGCAAGUGAACCUACAACGGCAUUUGAGAAAUGGCGUAUAUCGUUAUCUGAGUUUACAGGAUUGGGAUUGACAGAAGAUCAAAAAGCCCAUAGGGAUUCAUUGAGAGAACAGGGGAAAUUGGAGAAGGAUUGGGAUAAAUGUGAAGGAUUCAAAACCGAUUUAAUGACAAAUAGUCCAAUAAUAACGUUCCUCUUACAACAUUUAAAAUCAGCAGGAUGUGAAUUCCCAUCAUCUUCAAUCCAAUGCCAUCCCUGUCCAGAAUCACGUUCAGGUGGAUUUUCACCUGAUCACGGUAUAUUAUUAUGUCAAAAUCGAUUUUUCUCCAAAAAGCACAUGGAAGAUACUUUAGCACAUGAGUUAUUGCAUGCUUAUGAUCAUUGUAGAUUUAAAGUGGAUUGGAUGAAUUUGAGACAUCAUGCUUGUUCAGAGAUCAGAGCAGCAAAUUUAUCGGGAGAUUGUAGAUUCACAAGAGAAUUCAAGAGAGGAUUUUACAGUUUCAACAAACAACAUCAAGCAUGCGUGAAAAGACGUGCUAUACUUUCAGUCCUGGCAAAUCCAUCUUGCACAUCUCCUGAUAUGGCUGAAAAAGCAGUCAACGAGGUCUGGGAGAGUUGUUUUAAAGAUACUAGACCAUUUGACGAGAUCUACUAG